ACUCUCGUUUUGCAACUGUUUAGUGCACACAGUCAUUGAAUGUGCAUGAGAUAGAAGAAUGCACAUAUAAAGUUUAUUGGCGGAGGAUGUUUAUUUUCUGCCCGAGUUAUUUAUUAUUGUCAUUUUUUUGUCUUGUUGGCUUGAAAUUUCGCUUUCUGGUUUAAUUACACUGAAAAAGAUUCACUGAACGCAGGUUGUGAUCUCCAGUAUUGUUGCCCAUCAUGGCAGGAGGCAUCACAGAGACCGGGGAGCUCUACUCCCCUUAUGUGGGCUUGGUGUACAUGUUUAAUUUGAUCGUGGGCACGGGGGCACUGACGAUGCCCAAGGCCUUUGCCCAAGCAGGUUGGGCGGUCAGCCUGGCGCUCAUCUCCUUCCUGGCGUUUAUGAGUUACAUGACCACUACGUUUGUGAUCGAGGCCAUGGCAGCGGCCAACGCUCAGCUGCGCUGGAAGAGGAGGGAGCAGGAAGAGGUCCAAGACAACGACUCCACUUCUGAUUAUUCGGAUGAUGAUGUCCGGGGACGAUCAGAGCCAGAGACGAGGCCCAUUUUGUCAGUCCAGCGAACAGGAGGACACGUUGAUCACUUUGACAUUGUGGAGAGGGUAGAGAUGGGUCAAAUGGCCUCCAUGUUCUUCAACAAAGUUGGUGUCAACAUGUUCUACAUCUGCAUGGUAGUCUACCUGUACGGAGACCUGGCCAUCUAUGCUGCUGCUGUGCCCAUAUCACUAAUGGAAGUAGCCUGUGGAAACCACUCAUGCAGUGCUGGCAGUGUGAAAUACGACGACACCGACUUGUGCUGGGGGCCUGUCACCAGGAAAGACGCCUACAAGGUGUUUCUGAGCAUCUUCACCUUGAUGUUGGGCCCUUUCGUCUUCUUCGAUGCUCAGAAGACUAAAUACCUCCAGAUCCUCACCUCACUCAUGCGCUGGAUCGCGUUCACCAUGAUGAUUAUCCUGGCUCUGAUCCGUAUUGGUAAAGGCCGGGGCGAAGGCCACCCCCGUAUGGCCCAGAUCUCUGGGGUGCCAAACCUGUUUGGAGUGUGUGUCUACUCCUUCAUGUGCCAGCACUCCCUGCCCUCCCUGGUGACACCCAUCUCUGAUAAGAGGCGUGUGGGUACCCUGGUGGUGUGUGACUAUGUCCUCAUCCUUGGCUUCUACGGCCUGCUCUCCUUCACAGCCAUCUUCUGCUUCGACAGCUCGCUGCUACACGACAUGUACACCCUCAACUUCACUGACAACUGUGACGUGCUGGACAUCCCCGCUUUGCGCUACUUCCUGGGCCUCUUCCCCGUCUUCACCAUCAGCACCAACUUCCCCAUCAUCGCAGUCACGCUGCGCAACAACUGGAAGACCCUCUUCCACCGUGACGGGGGCACCUACCCCUGGGUGGUUGACCGCAUCGUCUUCCCCCUCAUCACUCUGGUGCCGCCCAUCAUCGUGGCCUUCUGCACCCACAACCUGGAGUCCCUGGUGGGCAUCACAGGCGCCUACGCUGGCACAGGCAUCCAGUACGUCAUCCCCGCCCUGCUGGUGUACUUUGGCCGGCGCCACCUGGUGCCUAUGCUGGGCACGGACGAGGUCAACAAGCACCAGUCCCCGUUCCGCCACACCUUCUGGGUGUGGUUUGUAGUGGUGUGGGCUACCUUCUGCCUCAUGUUUGUCACAGCCAACAUCAUCCUGGAGGACACCAAGAAAUGAGGACACGGACUGGUUGUGAAAGACCGGUUUCUCUGUGUGGGUGUCUUGUAUUUCUACAUUCUCUCUGAGACCUUCCAGAACUUGGUACAGGUCGAACGGUGUGCCUUUAUAUGCUGCUCUUGUAGCAUGGGAACCCUUUUAAUUACAGCUGUAAUCAGCAGUUGAAACCAUUAUAAAGUGUCCUCCCCACCCCUGUGUCAGUACAAAGGAUGGGACUGGAGAAAUGUAACCAUUAUAAAGUGUCCUCCCCACCCCUGUGUCAGUAAAAAGGAUGGGACUGGAGAAAUGUAACCAUUAUAAAGUGUCCUCCCCACCCCUGUGUCAGUAAAAAGGAUGGGACUGGAGAAAUGUAACCAUUAUAAAGUGUCCUCCCCACCCCUGUGUCAGUAAAAAGGAUGGGACUGGAGAAAUGUAACCAUUAUAAAGUGUCCUCCCCACCCCUGUGUCAGUAAAAAGGAUGGGACUGGAGAAAUGUAACCAUUAUAAAGUGUCCUCCCCACCCCUGUGUCAGUAAAAAGGAUGGGACUGGAGAAAUGUAACCAUUAUAAAGUGUCCUCCCCACCCCUGUGUUAGUAAAAAGGAUGGGACUGGAGAAAUGUAACCAUUAUAAAGUGUCCUCCCCACCCCUGUGUCAGUAAAAAGGAUGGGACUGGAGAAAUGUAACCAUUUUAUCAAAUUUAUGGACUAGCCAUCCAUGAUAUCAAAAUGAUAGUUAACAAUGUUUUAAAGCGAUAGUGUUUAUUUACAUUUACUUUGUUUACAACAUUGGAGUACAACAAGCUUAUAUUAUAGGUACUGGUCAGUUGUGAGAGUUGAACUAAGCGGAUGAGGCAUUUACAAGUUAUAUUCUUCAAUAAUCAAUGGGCACAUACAUUUAUUAAUUAUAUCAACUGCAGAUCACCCAUUUUAAGAGUAAUCUAUACCAUUUGUGGAAAGGGACCAAAUAUCUUGUGAUUGUAUGAAAGCUGCUACCGUAUGUAGGAACACAAGGAAGAGGACCUUGUUCACUCUGUUCCAGUGUCCCUCUGUAGAAAAAUACAAGCUGAACAAUCAGACUGUAUUAGCAAGGCAUUGCACUACACAACAGCACUGUUUUUAAGCAUAUACAAAGAGCUGGUCAACUUGUUUCCAAAUGCCUCAUUUCAAAAUAACUGAAGGAAGGAUCGAGCAGGGAGGUGUCAGUGUUCCUCUGGACCUUCAGAAACAGUGCGGCUAAAGACAGAAUAUGCUGAAACUAUGGAUAGAGCUCAGUGGAGGAAAAAUAGAACCUGACAACUAACUCAACGCUCCUGUUCCUAAUGGCAAUGCAGAGAGACUUUAAUGUGGCUUUAAAAUGAACUUGGGAUGGUGAAAAAAGCAAGCUAAAUGAAUCUGUUAUAAUCAGUUUAUUAUGGCUGGUAUUUCUACAUUCCUCACUGGUGGCUCUGCCUCAGUUCUCCUUGUCUUCCCUGUGAACAAUGAACCUUUGUCCAUGACAGAUCCCUGACUGAUGGGCCUGAUGACAGAGCUCCGUCUCUGGUCAUCAGGAGACCGAUCUUGAGUUCAAACUCUGUACACAUACCACCCUCAUGUUUUACUAUUCACCACCAAAUCAUCAGCCCUUCAUCUACUCCAUGUCAGCACCCGAAUGCUCUUUGUUGAACUUUGACCCCAGAAAGUUAUCAAUGGACACAGGAAGGUUUAUGUUGGCUACAUCACCAGGAGCCAGCUGGUACAGUGCCUACUGUACCACACAAAGAUGCCUCUACAGUAGUCCCAGUAUAUCUCUUUUUGCAAUCACUGGUUCUCUCAUACCAUGAACUGCACUGUUGGUUAAGGUCUUGUAAGUAAGCAUUUCACGGUAAAGUUUACACAUGUUGUAUUCGGCGCAUGUGGCAAAUAAAGUUCGAUUUGAUUUUAACCAUCUGUCUCGUGCUCGCUCGUAACGAGAAUUUCUCAGCUUUCUGAUUUGUUGACAGCUCUUUACUUGAGGUUUUAAUACAGUUUCCUGGUAGCUCAGUUUGAUCGACUAAUUAGAUUUUACUUCCAGACGUGGGAACAGCCUCUUCGCCCUGAGCUCUGCUCAUGCUAAUGUCCACGUUAUACGCUUCUGUCUCCUCAUUGUCAUAUACUCUGGUUCUAUAUAUCUAUUUAUAUCUCUGCUCUAUAGAAUAUAUAUGUCCUAUUAUUGUCAUCAAGUUUGGAGCCCAACUACAGGAGUCAUAUCUUUGUGAAACAGUAUUGUUGUUGGGGAUUGUAAAUCAUGUUUUGUGGUGUAGGGUUCCAUAUUACAUGGUCACAUUUAGAAUAGUGGUUCUCUUUUACUAUGUAAGUACUAAAGUAAUAGCUAAAGUGUAUCGUUAGCUGGCUGUCAUGAGCACUCACCUGGUCAAAAAGGGAAAUGCUUAUUGCCAUUCAUGGUUUGCACCUGCAACAUUGCACAAGUUUGCACAUAAUUGCCUUGGGUUUGACCUUUUGCAAAUGGUUUAUCAUCGAGAUGUUUAAGGGAUGAUAACUAUGGUAUUUAUCUAACAGUCUUCAAUGGUAUUCUUAACCCAUCAACAUAUACAGCUUGACACAAUUUAAAAUGCAUUAGACUAAUAGUCAUGCAUUGUAGCAUAUUGAUGGCAGUACAGUAUUGUUGGUGACUAUUGAAUGAGCGACCUCUGCAUGUUGUUGGUAUUGUGUGUGUUAGGACAGAAAAAGAGUGCCGACUAUUUCUGUAACACUUCUCUCAAUCUUGGGUUCCUUCUCUUCAAUCUUGGGUUCCUUCUGGUUAUUGUCAACAUUACAUUUCUGCAUGCAGCUCCUUUCAACAUUUUGUAGUCAGUUGUUCCUUUAAGCCUCCAGAUUGUGGUGGAUAGUUACUCCUCUUAUUUUCAAUACAAAUAUGCAAUAUGUUUUGAACUGGGUUGGGGAAGUAAGAUUAAGGAAAUUUGAACUGUUUGAGAGUGUUUGUCUGUGUGUAUUCUGUGUCACUUUGAACAGAUUUAAUGCGUGCGUCUGACUCUUCCUUGGAGUUGUGAAAUGUGCCUUUUUCCCAGGGUUUUGUUUCCAUUCAUUUGUUGACUGCUGUUUUUCCUGGCACGUCUUUGUUUUAAGCAGCCUGUCAGAUAAGAUCUGCAUGUAAGCCAGUUAAAUUAACUGACAACCAAUGUCUCCUCAAAAUAAACUGGGAUAUCCUUGUCUUCUAAA